CUUGCUUUCUUACAUGUUGGGAAGUAAUGUAACGUUCCAUGUGAGAAAUAAAAGAAACAUUGUACCUCCCUUUAAAACUGUCUGUUACGGCAAACUAGGCUGCUUUUAUAAUGGACCACCAUUUUACUAUCCUACUCGUAUAUAUCCCAUCAGUUUAGUUCCUCUUCCUCCAGUGCUGUAUCUCACUACGUACAUGUUCUACAGCAGAAAAAACAUGAAUGAACCUUAUGUGUUCACACCUUAUAACUUAGAAGCACUUCUUAGUUCUUCUUUCAAUGCCAGUUUGCAGACUAGGAUAAUAAUGGCUGGUUGGUUAGAUGGAAGCUAUUUGACCAGAUGGCUGCAAGAACUCAAAGAUCUGUACCUUUCCUCGAUGGAUGAUAAUAUCAUCAUAGCAGAUUUCGGUAUAUGUCCAUCUUACAGUCAAGCCGUUGCGAAUACACGAGGACAAGGAGCACAAGUCUCUUUACUUUUACAGUUUAUACAGAAAGCUUACAGAUACCCAGCGGAAAAAUUUCAUGUUAUUGGACACAGUUUAGCAGCACAUAUAGCUGGUUAUGUUGGUCAAAGGAUACCUAAACUUGGACGAAUCACAGGUCUUGAUCCUGCCGGCCCCGGUUAUGAAGAUCGUCCCAAUGUUGCUGUCCUUGAUUCUUCAGACGCAUUAUUUGUUGACGUAAUUCAUACGAAUCCGGGGAGAAUAAUUGUCGAUGGUUUGGGAAAUCCCGAAGACUUAGGCCAAAUAAAUUUCUGGCCAGCUGGAGGCAGACCAAGGGGUUGCGCCCUUACUUUGUUAAGACGUAUUUUCACGUUUUCUCGUGUCACAGAGUUUGUAUCUGAUUUAUUCAGUUGCCAGCAUAGAAGGUCUAUUGAGCUUAUGCUAUUUUCAUUUGGCCAGAAUGGAUGUCUGAUGGUCGGAGUGGAAUGCUUCAGUUAUGAAGCAUUUCUGAAAGGAGAAUGCAACUGCGGAAAAAAUGGCGAAAGAUGUCGUUUCAUGGGCCAGUUCAGUACUCCAGCCCCACAGAAAUCUAGAUAUUAUCUGCAGGUUGGAAUUGAAAGACCUUAUUAUUGUUUGUUCCAGUAUCAAGUUAUUGUGUAUUUUGAACUGGCUCGUGAACAAAUGACCUACGAAUCAAUAGAAGUAUAUCUGGACUUAACACUGAAAGGAGAAAUAAAUAUUCAAGCAACCAAUAAGCUCUAUGUCAAUCUAAUGAAAAGGAAGCAAGUCCAGCAUAUUCUUAUCACGUCUAAAUUAGCCCUUGGGAAACCAAAAAGCGGCCUUGCUGCAGUUAAUUACGCUUUGAAACCGGCAGCUAUCAAACAAGGUCUUAUUGCUGACUUCGGAACUGUGAUAGAAGCUAUAGAGAUUAACUAUUUGUAUCCUUCGUCAAAGGAAAAUGUUUCUACGCUUCUAUGUAGGACAGAUGACUUAUAUCAAGUUGAGAAAAAACGGGCGAUUUUGUCUGCUGAUGCAUGUAAUUACCUAUACAAGCUCGAAUGGAAAAAUAGUACCUUGGAUUUUGCUACAGGAAAAGUUUUAGAUAUUGUAGAAGAAGAUAAAAGUUGAAAGAUAUUUGAUGAAAUGACGCACUGGCCAUUAAUUUUAUUAUUCAGUGUUGUUAUUUUUGCGUGUGAUCUUCUAGAUUUCGUUACGCAUAUUAUAUAUAACUUUUGCAAACUAAUCGAAAAAAAUGACUGUUCUAUUUUCGUUUAUUAAAUGCAGUUUUAAAGUUAACGGAAAGUACGGGUAUUAAACUAAAACGCUUGUUUUAUUCUUGAAGAACUUGUAAACGUUUUUGAGACCUGAAUGAAUUUGACUACUUACUUAAAUGAAAGUCAAGGUUUUAGUUAGUACAUAGCAUUAAGAUAUGUUUAACUGAAAAUAAAUCUAGAAGUCACGCAGAAGAUUCGAAGCCCAAAGCUUUUGUUCCAAAAGCAAAAGGUUAGUUUUCUUUUUUUUUUUUUUUUUGGAAUAUUGUUGUCAUUGUUUUAUUGAUGUUACAACAUCUGAAAGGGAAGCAUAUAAAUAAUACUAUGAUAGUUAAGUUUUCAGAAAGUUGUGAAUAACAGGUAAUUGUGAACUAUUCAUAAAUAUACUAGUUAAGUGAAACGUAGUUUUAAAUGGAUGAACAACUGAUGACAGUGAGAUGUUGGAAACACAAAAGAUUGUAAUGUUCGGAUUCAAAGGUUUUACAGCAGAGUCUUGCUUAUCCGACGUAAACAGCCAGGCAGAACCUCGAAUAAGCGAAAUUGUGGGAUAAUAGGAAUGUGUUAAGGAAAAAGGCCUAAUUAAACUUCAAACAAAACAGGAACAAUAAAUUGAAAAAAAAAAAAAAAACUUAAAAAUAAAAAAAAAAAAAAAAAAAAAAAAAAAAAAAAAAAAAAAAAAAA